UGGUUUGGCUGUUGGUUUGGCUGUUGGUUUGGCUGUUUGCAUUGCUGUGAUUCUAAUACUUCUCUUUUUUGUGUGGAAAUUGAGACAAAACCAAAAUGCUUGAAGACAAACUAGCUAAAACCACGAAUCAGCUCCAGGAUGAGGAGCAGAAGAGGAAAGACGCAGAGAAGGAAGUGGAAAACCUCAGGACAGAGCUGAAGAACGUCAAACAAGCAAGUGACAGGUGCAAAGAAGAGCUUGUGGAGACUCAAACCAAACUGGAGAAAAGGAAUGCAGAGAUCAGGGAUCUGAAGAAGGAGGGAGACAAAUUUAAGAGGCAGCUGAGUAGGAAAGAUGCAGGGAAACCACCGAUUCCAGAGAAGAAGCUGAUGAACAAGAACAGGGAGGAGGAGGAGAAGAAGAAAGGAGGCGAGGAAGCUCAGAAUGACGAUGCAACUUUCAAGACGUCAGAGGACUUGGAGAGCAAGAACAAGGAUGAGCAGGAAACAGAAGGGGGAGCUGAGAAAGAAUCGGAGACCCAGGCCGAGGUGGGGACAAGUGAAGAAAAAGUGUCGAAGCCGGAGAAGCCAGAGACAGAGUGUGAGACCUCUGAGGAAAAACUUGAGGCAACAACAGACUCAAAAGAACAAUAACAGCAGACAGCAACAUCAGAAGAAGCAAAAUAGGUUUAAAAUAAUUAGCUCAUGCUUGUGUUACGCAUCCCAAGGCUGGUAGACAGUUACAAAUGAUGCCUUUUAGUUUGUAACUCCAGCUCCAAGACUAAAAUGUUUUCCUAGCAAGAAUUAAAAAAAAACACAGAAAUAAUAAAAUAUUAAAGCUAUACUGCACCCACAAAAUGACCAAUUUUAAAUGGUCUUGCCAUGUUACCUAGAAUUUGUGCAGAACACUGUUUUUCUUGAUGCCUCCAUGGAACCUCACUAAAACCGUACUACAGGGCUCGAAAGGGUGACGUAGCGGAAGUGGAAAAACCGCAGUGCUUAGCGGGCGAUUGGAAAGUCUGUUUACGUUGUGCGACGCUACAGUUAUGUUUUGUUGUUGUUCUUUUAGCGAAUUAACAUUAACGUUAGCGAGUAGUUAACUGCCACAAUCCUUCUCAAGAUCGCUACGGAAAAGGAUCGAUGGGCUGAGAUUUUUCUCCUUUCCCACUUGGAAACAAAGCCAGGGACCUCGGAUCUCUGAGCUAACCAAGAGGCGCCGAAUGGCUUGGAUAGCAGCCGUGAGACAACCAAACCUCACUUUCAGCAUUCGUUCACUGCAUUAUCACAGCGGUAAGUUAGAAUCAAAGCAUGUGUUGCGUUGUUUCAUACGUAGCAUUUAGUAGGCUGCUAGCGUUAGCCAAGCUAACAUUAGCCGAGAGCAGCAAACAAAGGAAAAUCAAAGCACACCCUCUCUCUUUCUCUCUCUCUAUCUCUCAACUUGGCAUUCCUAAAUUCAUCGCCGGUGUAGUCGCUUAUUCCGUUGACAAGAUAGAGGACUAGCUCCGCUUCAGACAACGGCGGCAGGUCAUCUAAAUUCUGAGUCCAGCUUCGGUGCUCGUAAGGAUCCACUCCACCUAUUUUCCUGAUUUUUCGAGGUACUGUUUGACAGACUUCUCCUUAGCCUGGUCCAUUUUUUUGUUGUGUUCCUUCUCGCUCCUCGCUUCGCUUCUUCGGUCUUUUACCAACGUAAACAAACAAUAAUGACCGCAAAAAUGGCUCUUGUGACCCACAAUGCAUUGGGCAAUCACCUGCCCUUUUGAGCCCUAUAUAAACUGUUUUCCGUGGAGGCAUGAGAAAAAAACAACAACGCUUUCUUCACAAAUUCAAGGAAACACUGCGUGACUACUUGAUUGACAAAUGGUCAUUUUGUUUUGUGGGUAAAGUAUUCCUUUAACGUUCCAAAAAUAAACCCAAAAGUGAUCACACAUUUUGAUUUUAUAGCAUGCUCAUUUUUAGCUAUUUUUUACCCUUUUAAUCUGCAGUUGGCUUGUAACCUUUGUUUUUAGUUUUUAGCUAUGGUUUUCAUUAAAUCUUCCCACCAUCACUGUAAUGCACAAAGUCAAUAUUCAUCUAACAUAGAGCGGAAAAGACUAAACAAAACAAAAGGCCAUGUUUUAUUUUGACUUUGUGAAAUUAGCCUCCUUUAGAGACCAAAUCAUGAUGUUUAUUUUUGUUUUA